UUGAUUUCAUCAGCUCAUAACAUAUCAUUUCUGCACAUGUGAACUUUAUUGGAAGUAAGCUGAGUACAAAUUGCUGUUUUCUGAAAACUGAUGAUCUUGCCUCCAGGCUGCAAGCAUGACUCAAGAAAAAUCUCAGUUUAAGAAGUUUUUGGAGGAAUUAAGCGUUCUGCAGUGGGUGCUAAGCUUUCUCUUCUUAGGUGUGUCUUGCGUGGUCUUGUUGGUGUAUCUUAUGUUUACCUCUCUAUGGCCGCUGUCCGUGCUCUACUUCACGUGGCUGGUGGUGGACUGGAAAAGCCCCGAAAGAGGGGGCAGAAAAAACAGGUUUGUGAAGAAGUGGAGAGUUUGGGAGCACAUGAGAGACUUUUUCCCAGUUAAACUCAUAAAGACAGCCGAGCUAAAUCCAAACAAAAACUACGUCCUUGGCUGUCAUCCGCAUGGUAUUUUGGCUGUGGGGGCCUUUUCCUGCUUCAGCACAGAGGGAUGUGGAUUCGAAAAGGCAUUUCCUGGGGUGAAAUCCACCUUGGCUGUACUGGCAGGCCUUUUGAAAGUUCCUAUCUUGAGGGACUACCUAAUGUUUGCAGGCAUUUGUCCUGUCAGCAAACCCAGCCUUGUGCACCUCCUUUCCAAAAGUGGCAAAGGAAACGCAGUGUCCAUUGUGGUGGGGGGUGCUGCUGAGUCUCUGGCGUCCUCACCUGGAGUCAACACGGUGUUGAUGAAGCAGAGGAAAGGGUUCAUCCGGAUCGCUCUGGAGUUCGGAGCUGACCUUGUGCCGGUUUACAUAUUUGGGGAGAAUGACCUCUUUCACCAGCUGAUUUUCUCAGAGGGAAGUCUGGGUCGCAGGCUACAGGACAUGUUCAAAAAGAUCACGGGUUUCGCCCCUUGUCUGUUUAUCGGUGAACAGUUUGUCUUCAUACCCAAAAGGACUCCAGUUACUACUGUUGUGGGAAAGCCGAUCCCAGUGCCACCGCCUUUCAUACCUACUGAGGAGGAUGUUGAUCACUAUCAUAGACUCUAUAUGGAGGCCCUAACCAAACUAUUCCAUGAACACAAGGUCAGCUGUGGACUCCCUGAAAGCCAUAAGCUUCAGAUCAUUUAGACAUUUGUUUUUGUCAUCAGCAGACAUUUUGGGGGAAAUCACUCAAAAAGAACCAAGAGAACUGUUCACAAACAUAAUGCCACUUAGAACAAUUCAAUGAUGACCAGUCAGGUUAGUAUAAUCUAAACCGUACAAUGACAAAAACCAUUAAACAUAUGAAAUUAGAACUUUAGGUGCGAGUGCUUUGUCUGUAAAGUUGUGAAAAUACAAUCAAUUAGUUAGCUUGGACAUUGAUGUAUUUCUAUACAUUCUGAAAUACCGCUGAUAUAAAUACUUGAAAUGUGCCUUGUGGUUCAACAGAUGAAUUAUUGAAGUUCAUCUUUCAUGCCUUUUUUUCCAUUUCAGUUUGAAGCGCAAGCUAAUGAUUCAAUUUUCAGGAAUAAAAUUAAUUUAGUUUCUAUCUGAGAACUAAAUUGUCGCUGUUCUAAAUACAAUUCUAUAAACAUAAGACUUCUCAGUAACUGUGUAUACUACUGACUAUCAUGUUUUGUAAUUAACUUAGAAGACAACAACGUUUAGGGGAUCAACUCCUAAGUCUUCCUUGUCUGAUGUAAACCCAGUGGAUUUUUAAAAUAAAUUAUUCUAAAAAAUGAACGUAUUCUGAUCACACCUUU